CUGCCGAUCUUCUUCAAAAUGGCGAACAGACGAAAGGAUAUAGAGGAGGAGGUGUAUGACACGGUCAUGGACCUGACAGACAACGCCAAACGUCAGCCGUGGUGGAAGCGGUUGUUCGGUAACAACUCCGGUCCGAUAGCACAGAAAUACUCUGUGGCCACUCAGCUCACCAUAGGCGGAGUCAGCGGGUGGUGUACAGGAUAUCUCUUCCAGAAGGUUGGAAAAGUUGCUGCAGCAGUCGUAGGAGGUGGUCUUCUUCUUUUACAGAUAGCCAACAAUCAAGGUUAUAUCCAGAUAGACUGGAAGCGAGUAGAAAAAGAUGUCAGCAAAGCUAAGAAGCAGUUGAAGAAGGGCAGUGAAAAAGCAGGCCCAGAGCUCAACACAUUUGUCGAGAAGUCAAAGGAGUUUGUGAAGAAAAAUUUUGUCGUCACAAGUGGGUUCGUCGGCGGUUUCCUGCUCGGCCUGGCGUCUUAGGAUCCACCAGACUGGAAGAGUCUGCAGUACACUCCUCUAUCAAUAAAACCCACUGGGCAAAAC